AUGCCAGCUUCGGAUAAUACUCCAGCGCCAACCAGACGUUUUCUUCCUCCAUCUUCCACUGCAAAGUCAUCCGGUCACGCUUCGGCCCGCAAGAAUCCUUUCCAAAGCUCUCGCGCUACACAGUUUCCUUCCUCUAGCUCUGCUUUCACUGCAACUCCUCGAUUUCAGCGGCCGCUUGCUCCACCACGAGAUGACAUACAGACGAGCUUUGAUGAGUACGAAUCGCCAACCUCAGCAAAUAUUCGGGUGACGGGAAACCGGAACGAUGCGAUUGAAUUUGGCGACGAAGGAUCUCCGACCCAGUAUCGAAAUAGGAUUCUUACACCAGUGACCAAAAGGCGCAAAAUUUCCCAUCCAGGACCUAUUCCUGACGAGGCGAUUACCAUCUCAUCUUCCCCAGAUCUCGAUGAGCUCAACAAUGUUGAUCCACGAGAUCUCUCCGACUCUCCGGUCUCGCAGUUUGAUCUGGAAGACAAUUUGGAAAUUCCAGUAAAGCCAACGGAAACCGAUAAAUCAAGCCGUAUAACCCGUUUUAAACCCACCACUCCAGUCUCUGUUCAAUCCACAUCUUUGCCUAGAACUGUAUUCAAGUCUCUUGCAGAAGAAGCUCCGCAUGGGCCUUCAGGAGAUGUUCCUGUCUUGCCAGAUGUUUUUUCUCCGUCACGACGCAAAGGCAAGCGAGACUAUGUUUCAGGUGGCAGUGCGGCUUUGGUCAGAAGUUGGGUCCUUAAUAUUGCCGCUCAAGAGUCACAACCGACAAAACUCUCUGAAAUGGUGAUUGUCAUUGCCCAUGUCAGAAAAGACACUAGUGGCCGUUUCGUUGUUGCCACGGACGAGAGCGGAACACGGUGGCUCCUCCCAGAUCAGCAGCAAAAAAGAGACGCCGGCAUCAAAUCUAGCUUGACCGGUCUUCGUCCUGGAGUUCGGCUCUUGCUGAAGGGCCAGUCCACCAAAUGGUCUUUACAUAUUGGGCCUCCUGCUUUGACCGACGUGGUGGUAGCUGCCUACUGGGAGAACCUUUCUUCGAACUGA